GGAGGGGCGAUUUGAAGGCUUGACGGCGCCGCCGCCGAAGGUCCUUUGUCAUUUCGGUCAUUUCAUUUUCGGCGGUGGUUGGUUCUUGGGCAUUGCUGCGUGAUUCUGUAUUAACUACAUUCAUUAUGACGACUACUCAAAAUACUAUUGGUCUGGGUGGCUCGGAGAGGAUCUCAAGCAGGGUUCUGAAGCCCCCGGGUGGCGGAAGCUCCAACAUUUUCGGCCCGCCCGACGAGGAGCCUGCGCCGACGCGUGUCAACAACCGGGGCGCGUCGACGCUGGUGCUGGGCGACGAGCCGGCCCCGUCGGCCCCGCCCGCCGCCGCCGCACAGCCCGAGGCUGAGGAGCAGGAGAAGGAACAGAACGGCGAGCAGCAGGAGCAGAACGGCGAGAAGCAGGAGCAGAACGGCGAGGGGGCGCCGGCCGUGGAGGAGGGCGCCGGAGAGCCGGACCCGGCGGCCGCGCCGGCGCCGCCGCCGGCCGCCGAGCCGCCCAAGCCGCGCCGCCAGCCGCCCGGCGGCUUCUCGACGCCUCUCUGGUGAGGGAACAGGCCGACGCCACCGCUGCCUUGCCUUUCAGCGCGCCGUGCGGCUGCCCAACCCGUGCCAACGCAGCGGGCCGCGCGGCCGCCACACCCGUCCCAGACGUUCGGUUUAAAGUGUCGCUUCGCCGCCGCCGCCGUCGCUAUCGCCCUCGCCAUAUUAUUCCGUGCGACGGCGUGUGUUACUGAUCACUAUUCCGUUUUUAAUACAUAACAUUCUGUGGA